AUGGCGUCCGCGGUGGCGGGCUUCGUAAAAGUCCGCUACCUGAUAGACAAGGCUGUCAUCGACAAUAUGGUGUUCAGGAUGCACUACAGAAUCACCUCAGCCAUUAUGUUCCUAUGCUGUAUACUUGUUACGGCUAAUAAUCUCAUCGGUGACCCGAUAUCGUGCAUCAACGACGGCGUGAUACCCACCCACGUGAUAAACACCUACUGCUGGAUCACGUACACAUUUACGCUGCCACACACCGAGCAGAAGGGCAUAGCGCAUCCAGGUCUUGGCAAUGAAUUCGGUGAAGAGAAGAGGCACCAUUCGUACUACCAGUGGGUGCCUUUCAUGCUUUUCUUCCAGGGGGUAUUGUUCUAUCUACCGCACUGGAUCUGGAAGAACUGGGAAGAGGGAAAGGUGCGCAUGAUCUCCGAUGGAAUGCGAGGCACAAUGGCUACCAUUGACGACAGCAGGACCAAUCGCCAGAGUCGUUUGGUCCAAUACCUGCUCGACACACUCCAUAUGCAUAAUACCUACUCUUUCGGAUACUUCUUCUGCGAAGUACUAAACUUUGUGAACGCUGUCGGAAACAUAUUCUUCUUGGACACGUUUCUUGGCGGAGCUUUCUUGACGUAUGGUACUGAUGUUGUGAAAUUCUCAAACAUGAACCAAGAAGACCGGACUGAUCCAAUGAUCGAGGUGUUCCCAAGACUCACCAAGUGUACCUUCCACAAAUUCGGAGCUUCUGGUACAAUUCAAAAGCACGAUUCGCUUUGCGUGCUCGCCCUAAACAUUCUGAAUGAGAAGAUCUUCAUUUUCCUCUGGUUCUGGUUGAUCAUCCUGGCCGUGGUGUCCGGUCUCGCCCUGGUUUACUCAGCUGCUGUGAUCCUCUUGCCGAGCACACGUGAAACAAUUCUCAAGAGACGCUUCCGAUUCGGCACGCCUAACGGUGUCGAGGCCCUCGUUAGAAAGACUCAGGUUGGCGACUUCCUUCUUCUCCAUCUACUUGGCCAAAACAUGUCUCUCCGCGUUUUCGGCGAAGUAUUAGACGAGCUAGCUAGAAGACUACACUUCGGUUCGAACCCACCGUCUGCGCCGUCUACCAUAGAAAUGGCUCCUAUAUACCCAGACAUCGACAAGUUCUCAAAGGAAACCGAGACGUAA